GUCCAGUCCGGGACAGCACGCCUCCUGCUGCACGCUCCACGAGGUAGAACGACGAACGGUAGACACGACGACGUUUAGGACCGGUACGACGUUACGCGCGCGCGGGCCCAGCUUCUCGUACGCACAUUGAGGGCCCCCGGCUUCUCUCGCCCUUUAUCACGCAUCGGCGCGCCGUCACGCAUUUCGUCGACCGCGACGAAAUUUCGGACUUUUGCGCGGGGGAGUUUCGAGUAUUCGCGCAAAAAGGUGUCCUCUUGAUCCUGCCGGUAUUUUCGCCGUCGCCUCGACGUCUGAUCGUGUCUUUUGUCAUUCGGCGACGGGAUCGGUGCGUGAUUUUGCUCGGACGUCAGUCAAUCUUAUCGCGUUAUUCCGGUGCAUUUUUCGACAUCGACUUGUGCACAGGGGAUGAUAUUGUUUUCCGACAGAAUUGUUUGACGUCCCAAAGCUUCUUGUCUUGACGUAUGAAAUAUUCGAAUAUUCGACGUAGGUCGGAGGAUUCUGUGUUCGAGAUAUCCUAAGAUAUCCAAAGAGAUUCCGUGACGACUGCGAGUGACGUUUCCAUUUGGCUGUAUCAGUUCGAUCUCGACGAUUGAAUUCAUUCACGAUCUUCACACAUUCGCAUGUAUUUCCGACUCGCGACCGAUCGCGACUGAACGAUCGUCACCCCAUCGAAUGUCAUAACCGAUAUAUAUCGGAAUUCGCGACUCGCUCUCUCUCACCAAGACGACGACACAUCGCCGUCCCCACCUACGGCGACCACGCGUUCAGCCACGCGAUCAGUGGGACCAGCGAUCCGGAAGGUUUCGCACGGCAACGGUGACCAACGAGCCGCGCAUUCUUAAUGGACACCUGAUCCACGGUGAUUGACCACGUCGCCCAAGAUACAACGUCAUCAGGGUGACGAUUAUCUCGUCAAAAUCCUGAAAUCUUCAUCCCAGGACUUUGACGAGAUAUUUUCGUACUUUUUCGAGGAAACUGAUUGCGAGGUGAAUCGAUUCGGAGUCAAAAAGGCCUUCGGGUGGUGUUGUGACGAUUUACAUUUGUGUGGGACCUGUGCGGGUAUGAGAGACUGUUGUAAACAGUGCGACGGGCCGCUCGAACGGUGAAGUGAGCUGCCGCGGGGUGUUUAGUGAGCGCAAUUUCGAGAGACUUUAACGCCCGGCGAGGAGAUAACCGAGGGAUAUAACUAGACGGCAAGGACGACCGCGACGACGACGACGACGACGAGGCUAUUUGUAUUCAGAUCAACGUUGUGCGCUUUACAAUUCCAGCGUUGCGCAUCGUACCGAAGGCGACGAGGAGUUGUACGGACGCCUCGUCCAACUCGGCGAGGUAUUGUCCGAGAUAGAGGAAGGAGGUGGCGGGAGGAGAGGGUUGGAAGAAGGGUGGCGUGCUAUGAUCAGCAUGGAGCUUCCGGCACACGCGACGCAGCAUGGUGCUCUACACCUGGGGGUCGGAGUCGGGAUCAAUCCAGGUGACCCUGCCGGAAGUGCCCUGGCCGCCAUUCAUCCGCAUCCCCAAGACUCUUUAGCCCUCCACCAUCAUAAUCACGGCGCUGCGACACCCGGAGGUAUGCAUGAGGACUCCAAGAAAAAACAUGACGGCAGCCACGGGAUGAACCAGGACGGUCACGGCGGAGUCAACCAGCUCGGCGGCGUCUUUGUGAACGGGAGGCCCCUACCGGAUGUAGUCAGGCAGAGGAUCGUCGAACUCGCGCACAGCGGCGUCCGACCGUGCGACAUUUCGAGACAACUCAGGGUAUCUCACGGCUGUGUAUCCAAGAUACUGUCGAGGUAUUAUGAAACCGGUAGCUUCAAAGCCGGCGUUAUAGGAGGCUCCAAGCCGAAAGUAGCGACGCCGCCGGUGGUCGACGCGAUCGCUAAUUACAAGAGGGACAAUCCGACCAUGUUUGCGUGGGAGAUUAGGGACAGAUUGCUGGCCGAAGGCAUUUGCUCGCAGGACAACGUGCCAUCCGUCUCUUCCAUUAAUCGGAUUGUGAGGAACAAGGCGGCGGAGAAGGCGAAGCACGCGCAUCAGCAACAGCAGGCGCAGCAGCAGCAGCAAGGUCAGCAGCAAGGUCAGCCAGGCUCGGGCGGUUCUGUGUCGGUGAUAGCACACGCACCUGCGACAGCGGCAGGUCAUCCCGCUGCCACUGCACCCAACGCUUACAGCAUCAGUGGCAUCUUGGGCAUCCCGGCGCAUCAUCAGGAUCCUAAUGGCAAUAGCAUCAAGAGGAAACGCAGCGUUGACGAUGAUAAUCGCGACCUGAACGACCAUACGGAAAAUGACUUGAAGAGGCAAAGAAGCAACUACAAUGGCGAUCAGCUGUAUUCAAACCUGUGGUCGAGUAAAUGGAGCAUCAAGGACGAGCACAAGCUCCUGAGCGAACUCGGCGGCAGUGGUGGUGGCAGCGGGAACGGCGGUAACACAAACGGUAGUGGAAACGGCAACAGCGGAGGUGGUGGCGGAAACGGCGGCGGUGGAGGUGGCGGAGGUAACGGCGGUUACUACGAACACAGCGGAUUCCCCGGGAACGCUAUUGCCACCUCCGCCGAGCUGUACGACUCCCUGGGCACCAUCAGCACGAUGACGCAAGCGCAAACGCCCCAUCUCUACACUCCGCCCAUAGGGGGCACCAUAGCAGGUGGUACUUUGACGCCGCUCGCGCCACUGACGAUGCAAGAACUAAAAUUGAGCCAAACAUUGGACGGGGCUAACAUGUCUCCUUACCACACCACCGCAGAGAGCAGUACCGUCGCAGUAUCGUAUGUCGGGGUGGGGGCCGGUGGGGGCGAGCAAAGUCCCCCGAUUUCGUUGCAGAACGAGACAAACGCCACCCCCGCGGCCCCCAACACCCCCGGAGGGGAUCCCGGACUGACGGUCUUGCAGCCGCCAGUUUCUCAACCCCAAGUAGCCUCUGCGAUACCGCCGUACUCGACGAUGCUCCCAAGUUUCGGACACUACGCCACCGGUGGUGGCGAUUACGCGUACAGCGCUGCGUAUUCCCAGUACUCGAGUGCACCGUACAGCGGCUAUGGUUAUGGAGCAGCGACAAGCGGGUUGCUCAAUUCCACGUACUACUACUGCAACGGAGACACAUCCACCCACACGUCGCAGCAGGGGGGUAGCGGUGGUUGCACCGGCGGUGGUCCGGAGAGCAGCGCCGAUGUUGCCAGCCGUUCGCCUCUGGCGGCGACCAGAGCCAGCAGCGGGGCUAGCGCGGCCUCGCCGACCGGAAGCGCGUGCACCAAGCCGGACCACACCUCCGUCACACCGACGGACCUCUAUCUCGCCUGAUGGUCGAACCGCGCGAAUACCGGGGGGAACGGCCUCUGGCCAUGUGUCAUCCCGGCGAUCGGCGGGGAGACAGCGGGCAUUGCGACAACGGGCGCCAUAUCACGAAGAGACAUCAUGUCAAAAUUAAGCAAUGAUCUCUGAUUUAACCGCGUCGGGAAAACGCGCGGUGGGAGCUGCGCAUGUGGAAUCUAUUAAUCGGUGGGUCGAGAAAGAUCGAAGAGAAAGGAAGCGCGAUUAAAGAAAAAGAUUGGGAUGUCGAUGGAUAUCUGUGACAUUUCGGGAUUAGAGAUGUUGAAGAGAUUCUAGAAAUUCUAGAAAUUCUCUGACUCUCGUCGCGUGGAUCGGAUAAAGAACUUGAGAAUUCUGAUUUAAUUGAUGAGCGCGUGAUGUGAUAGCAGAUAAAGCGAACUUGAUGCGAGUGACGACGGUCGUGUCGAAAUUGGCAUACAAAGUCCCCUCGCGUCGCCGCUGUUUCCCGCCGCUAUAAAUGUCAAUCACCGCGUUUUAUUUAUUCUCGUCAUGAUUCGAGGAAACAAUCAUUAAUCAAUCGAUUGAUCGAUCGACUCGUAAAUUGCCGACAAUUGGCGGCGACGCGAGUGGAUCUCGAGCACUCGAGAGCCGAUCGUGUCGUAGACGAUAUCGCCGCGACUCUCUGGACAGAGCAUGCGGUGAUAGGUAUAGUUUAAUUUAAUGAUCCUCAGUUAGCGUAAUUUUCACGCGAUGGUCCACGCGAGCGCGCGGCUUGCGUCAGCAAAGUAUAGUCGCCGACCAUGUAAAUAUAUAUAAAUUGAACAUAUAUAAAUAAGAAUACAAAAAAUAUAUAUAUUAUAUAUAUAUAUGAUCUGUGUAAACAAAAAAGUCAAGCGCCCCGAUGACACCUUUAUUCUCUCCCGUAGGCACGACGAACCCCCUCCUCAUCCCGUAAGAGUAUCGUAGAGUAUAACUCGAUAAGUUUGAGAUUUUUAAAUCAGGAGUCGACGUAACGAUCACUACUGUUAAGGAUAUUAUAUAUAUUUUUUGUAGAAACCAAAGACCAUACACACAUAUAUAACACAAACACACAUGCGCGAGUAAAUCCACAAAUACAUGCACGUACACAUGUCACACGCGUACCACACACGCAUGCAGCACGCACAGGCAUUGAUACACGUAACGCGGGUAGUCGAACGAACAAGCACGUCUGCGGCAAAAAGCGUGCCAGUUCUGAGCGGCCUUUCUGCACGGAUUUAUCACGCGUAAUCGCGAGUGAUGUGUAUAGGAUCGACGUAAACUCUAAUUAAAAAAGAAAAUAACAGAGAUAACAGUUAAAAUAAAAGAGAUAGUUUAAACAAUUUUGAAAUUAAAAGGUGGCAUUUUUUUCACCCAUUAUCGAUAUAAAUGCUCGAUUAAAAAAUUUUUUUUUUUUUUUUUUUUCAAGAUAAGUACGCGCAUCGUAGCAGGAUAUCGAGCAUUAUUGCAUGGAGAGCAUUCGUAUUCGUGAUAAUUAGCGCAAGUCGGCACAUGGACAUUUCCUCGACGGACCGGCGAUCACGCUCGUUCCGUUCCGUUCGACGCGCUUCCGCUUUACGGCGGAAGUCGUACUUCUUCCCGCUCGCCGUCGGGCGGAACGCGCCUAGAGAAGAUUAUCACGAAGGCGUAAUUAGCGGCCGGGCGUCGGUGAUUUUUAAUGAGAAAUUACGCUCGCGCGAGAGAGCAGUUCUCCGAUUUAAUAAUCGCGCUAAUCAUUGACGCCUCGGCAGCGGCACGCGCUACCAAUUUCAUGCGUCUCGAAUUAUUUCAGUCAGUACGCUGUAUAAUGUUGUAGAUCAGAAAUUGCUUGGCGAUACUUAAUCCGACAAUUUCUAGUCACACACGCGCGCACACAUAUACAUAUACACACGUACACAAAUAUACUCGAAAGGUGCGCUAGUGAACAAAAUAUUGCAAUAUGUUUGAAGUAAAUUCAAAGGCGAGUAUCGUCUUACAAUGUUAAUCAUAUCGAUGUAAAAAAUAUUAUUUCAUCUCGUUAGCGUCGAUCCAAAACGCGCUCGUGAAAUCGAAAUUAUCAACCUUAGCCAAUUGGCCAAAUUUAUCCCGAAUCUCUCGCCCAAUGUUCCGUCCGUAUCGAUCGCCUUUCGUCCGAUAAUUAGACCGUACUCACAAGGAUCAAACGUUUCGUCUCCAUACUGUCUUUUGCAUUAUGUUCUUUAGCAAGUUAUAUUUUAAAAAAGAUAAUUAGCGAUUGUAAUUAACGAUUGCAAAUGAAAUCAUUAAAUUAUUAAUCGAAUAGCAAAUUGCGAUUAGUUACACUUACAAUAACGUGAUAAGAAGCCGUGCGGGAAGGUAGAAACGCAAAAAAAAUGCGAAAGAUUGCUACCGUUUCUUUCUUUUGCGCUCUCUGUAAAUCCCGAUGACAUAAUUUACCCAGCUCAGUAUCGUCAAAUGGAAGGCACAAAUUUUCAAAAAAGUUCGAGAAACGAUAUUCAACGCGUGAAUACAUGAAAUGUACGUUUGCAUCUUGAGUGGUCAAACAUUGGCUAGAUAUUGCGUCUGAUGCUCGGUAUGAUUAUUCCGCGAUCGAUUAUUGCGUACUUACAUUGUUAUUUUAUUGCUAUUAUCGUAAUGACGCUGAUUAUAUAUAUAUAAAUAUAUAUAUAUAUAUAUAUAUAUAUAUAUAUAUAUAUAUAUAUAUUAAUUCUUAUUUUAUUUGCUAUUUUCACUAUUUUCAUUAUUUUAUCACGAUUAUUAUUCUUAUUAUUAUAUUAUAUUAUUAUAUUAUUAUUAUAUCAUCAUCAUAUACAUCUUUAUUAUAUUAUUAUUUAAUGCCUUUAUUAUUUAUUAAUUGUAAUGAUGACCUAUGUGUAAUAAGUUUUGCCAAAGAACCUGUCGAGAGAGCAAUAUUGCAGUAAACAUUUUCUAGCCUCCAUAGGAGAAAAAACUGUCCGAUGCACAAUUAUAAUAUUGAAAAAUUGAAUGUGAAAAACACAGAGAUAAAUGACUGUGCGCGGCGUUCGAGCGAUAGACGAAAUACAUGAAUUUGUCCGCGCGAAUUGUAGAUUCACGAAUCUCUGUGAGAUCUCGACUCGAAUAUGUCGCGGCUGCGCAUUUUUUAAAUGAGCACACAAUUGUCUUUUAUUUUAUCAUUUUAUCUUCCGUGUGAUAUUCUUGUUCCGUGCGCCGCUCUUGCCGAGUCUCGCUGUUGAUACUUGCAAACAAAACUCUGUACAUCCUUUUUAAAUAAAUAUGAGGUUUAUAUGAA